AUGAAAGCUGGAUUGAUCUUUGCAGUCGCCGCCGUGCUGACUUGCACCAAUGCUAGUCCUGGCAACAAGCUGCCAACAUCGGCAUCAAGCGACAUUCAGAUCGCUCAGGAACAGCUGAAGAUACUGGUAUCUCAUGCCAAAUACAUCGUCAAGUCAGCGAAGAAGCCCUUCAGUCCGACAUGCAAGCCUGGUAACGUCAAGGUUCGCAAAGAAUGGAGCACUCUUUCUCCCAGAGAACGUAUCGCCUAUACCGAUGCUGUCCAUUGUCUUCAGAAGAAGACUGCCAAGUCACCUGCUUCCUGGGCUCCGGGUGCAAAAACGCGCUACGAUGAUUGGGUGGCCACACACAUCGAUCAGACACUUCAAAUCCACUAUACCGGCACGUUCUUGGGCUGGCAUCGCUUCUUCCUCUGGGAGUACGAACAAGCCCUUCGCAACGAGUGCGGCUACCAAGGCACACAACCCUACUGGAACUGGGGUCUUUCUGCUGAGAGCGGCAUGGAACAGAGUCCUGUCUGGGACGGCAGCAAGACAAGCAUGAGUGGCGACGGCGCCUACAUCAACCAAACCGGCCUCGAAGUUGUCCUCGGUGGCAAUGGGCUCCCUGAAAUCUACUUCCCUACCGGCAGUGGAGGCGGCUGCAUCGAGUCUGGNCCCCUUGUCAACAUGACCGUGAAUCUUGGACCAGCAGCUCUCACCAUCCCUGGCAACAUCACCUCUGUCAGCCCCAAUGGUCCUCUCUCCUAUAACCCUCGCUGCCUGAAACGCGACCUUACAGACGAGCUCAACAGGCGCUUCGCAAACUUCACAGCCAUCGUCGGUAACAUCCUCGGCCCCAAAAAUGUCUACGACUUCCAGAUGCAGAUGCAAGGCAUCCCCGGCAGCGGUAACAUCGGUGUUCAUGGUGGUGGCCAUUACUCCAUGGGCGGAGAUCCUGGCCGCGAUGUGUUUACCUCACCAGGAGAUCCAGCCUUUUACCUUCACCACGGCAUGAUAGAUCUAGUCUGGACAGCAUGGCAGAUGUUGGAUCCUGAGAACAGAUUAUAUGGCAAGGAUGCCAUUGCUGGCACAAACACGUUUUUGAAUCAACCGCCUAGUGCAAACACAACUUUGGGUACAGAAAUCAGUAUUGGCUGGGCUGGAAGGGGGUUGAACGUUACGAUGAGGGAUGUGAUGAGUACAGUUGCUGGACCAUUCUGCUAUGUAUACGCUUGA